AUGGCGACCAGAGAGAGUACGAAGACGACGACCGAAGAGGGACCCGCGCCGAAAGUUUUUUAUGGUAAUGCUGUAAGCACCAAAGCUACCGUACGGCCCAAUUUAUUCGCACUCAACUUGACAGGAACAUCCGAAUAAUGGAAUUUUCUCGUCGUUACUGAAGCGAAAGGGUCGAAAAUUGUCGAUGACAGAUGACUGCAAAGCGGCGUGCAAACAGGUCGAGGCGUACAAAACGUCGGCCGACAAACUGCACCAGGCGCUGAUGUACAUGCUCGUCGAGGAUCGCGAGCACUCCAAACAGCUCGUCAACCAGGUGCGCACCGAGCCCGGCUACCGGUACGAGGCACAGUUUCUGCGCGGAUUCGACGCGCUGCAGAAGAAGGGACGGAAGGGCGUCUACGAGAAUCUGGAGCCGGCGAUCAAGGCGUGCGAGCAGAUGGACGCCGAACGCGAAAAGUACGUGCGGAGGCAGCUGGAGUCGUUGAAGGCGUUGAACAAGUUCAUCGGGGAGGACUACUGGGAGUACGUACGUCUUCGCAAAGGUAAUCAAUAAACUUAUGGGGUUAUUCAGGCUGUGAAAAAAAUGAUUUUUUUUCCGUUUUUUUUCUGUUUUUUUUUCGUUUUUUUACGUCAAAAAACCCAAUUCAGCGGUGUAAAAAAACGAAAAAAAAAUCGGAAAACAAACAUACGCUGAAUAGCCCCAUUAGGCACGGUCCACGGUCUCCAGAGCUGACAAUAUGGGCGUGGCCUCGGCGGCCAAAUGGCGUUUUCACGAAGUGAGCAGGUUUUCUCUGAUUUUUGUGGUCAACGGCGAUGAAAAAUGAUUGCGCGACAUGAAAACACACUAAUUCUCAGAAUUAAUGACGUUUUGGCGCAUUUUUCGCCGACUUUGCUUUUUCGCCUUCGCCGCCUAAAAACCGCAUUUGUCAUUUUGCGCUUUCUUGACCGUUUCAGACAGAAUUGGUUUUAAGAAUGAUAAAUCACGUAAAUACAAGCAAUUUGAGCGCUCGAACCGCGAAAACUACCGAAAAGCAACUGAAAUGCACGCAGUUUUAGCCAAAAACCUUCAAACUGAUAAAUGUGAUUUGCGACUUGAUCAAAUUUGACGCUCUUUUGCUUAAAAAAUUCGUAAUGGCCUAUACAAUCGAUCUAUCGAGAGACAAAUGAGAAAUUAUCGGUUUUUCGUGGCUAAACUGGCAAAAAACACAAAUUUGGCUGUUAAAUUUUGAAUUUCGCGCCAAUGUAUCGCUCUAUUUGGAGGGGCGCACUUGCGCCUAUUGUCAGCUCUGGAGACCGUGCGGUCGCAAAUAGUCGGAGAACGUUUCAGCGUACUGGGAUGCACUGGAAGCCUACGACGACGCGGUCACUCUGCAGAACAAGGAACGGACGGAGCAGUCGGAGAGGGCGACGAUGACCGCGCAGACGUGGCGAAACGAGUGCCGCAUGAAGAUGAUGGAGUUCAUCAAGAAGGCGAUCAACGAGCAGAAGGGACAGCACGUGGAGAGCGUGCUCAAGUUCCGCACCGAAGUCGCCGCGCAUCACAAGACGAUGGCCGAGAUGAUCCACGUGGAUGUGAAGGAGGAAAAGAGCGGGAUGAAGGCGCCGAACACGAAGUGA